AUGUCUUACGCCGACGCUGCUGCCAAAGGCCCCAAGCAGUCGCCUGAGGAAUCUCAUACAAGCUCAUCAUGUCUCCGUAUACUAACUCCACCCGGGGUCCACCCGGGGAUCAGCCGCGCUCCCACUGUCGGCGGCGUUUACAAGGAUGAGUCCGAGAGCACGGCCUCCCUGAUCGAUGUAGACUCGCCUCACGUCACUGCGGUCGACCCGAACUUCCUCGACCAGGAGGUCAAGACCACCACCCAGGCGGAACGGUUAGAGCGCGAGGCCGAGGAAGAGGAGGAGGAAAAGAAGAAGAAGCACGCGCGCGAGGAGGCUGAGAAGAACGCCAAGGCCCGCAAGGCGAAGAGCUGCGACCUGAGUGCCAACUCGGACAACCCCGUCUUCAUCGCCAAUGCUGUGGUGGCCGCUUUGGUUGGUGCCGGCUUGGGCUUGGGCGCCUACCGCAAGCAUAUGCAGGGCAAGCUGUCGUGGGAGUUGGUUGGUGUGUGGUCUGGGGCAGUGGGGGCCUUUGGCGUAGCGGACUACUUUGUGAGCAAGUGGUUCCUCCAGAACAAGUACCCUCCCAAAUAA